CCUAUUGUCCUAUUUGAACCCCGCCCAAACUCCCGAACCAUCCAUCCGCCCCGCCCACACUGGCCUUUCGAUUUUGAUACAUUCAGGCCUUCUCCGAAGUGGGUUCAACUCAAUUCGAACCCGUAGCUUGUGUACCAUAACAAGUUUUCCCAACAAUGGUGGGGAAGAGAAGUAUUUCUAAUGGAACUCGGAGCAAAAAAUUGUCUAAGCCCGAAAACCCAUCUGCCCCAAAAAGGAAGAACAGAGAUGAGGAGGAGGAGAAGGAGGAGCAAGAGGUUUUGAUUUUGGAGUCGUCGAGCUCCAAGCCAGAACGGGGGAAAAAAGUUGUUACGAAGAAAGCGAAAAAAGGAGCAAAAGAGGACAGCGACGACGAGGAUAUUCGCUUAUUGUUUGAAGAGAAGGUCGCUUCCCAGAUUGCUGCAAAGGAAUGGGGGAAAAUUGGGAAAAGUGGGUUGAUGAAAAUAAGAAAAGUGGUGGCGCUGGUAGUAGUAGUACUCCGAAGGAAGUUGAGAAGAAGAAAAGUCAAGGAAAAAAGAAAGCUGUGGCGGAAGAGGAGGAGAGGGAGCAGGAGAGUAGUGGGAAGAAAGAGAUGAAGAAUUCGAAGAAGAAGAAGAAUAUGGUCGCGGUGGAAGAGGGAGAUGAUGAAAACGAGCGGGAAGAAGGGCCCAGUGCAAAUUUCCCAUGAACAGGAUACAAAAAAUAAUGAAGGAUCACGAUGCCAGUGCCAGGUUGGCUCAGGAGGCUAUAUUCUUGGCAAAUAAAGCUUCGGAGAAAUUUCUCGAAUUGUACUGCAGGGAAGCAUAUGCUUGUGCUUCCUUGAUCACAAGAAACAAGUUUCUUAUGACCACCUAGCUUCUGUAGUUUCAAAAAGGAAGAGAUUUGACUUCCUCUCAGCUGAUUGGGCCUCAAUAGAGGCAUUUGCUCCUGCCAUGAAAGAACGACAGCAGCGACAAUUAGCCAAGGAUCCAUCCAGCUCUAGCCCGCAAAACCCAGGAGCUCCUGAAGAACCUUCCAACCCAAGAGCAUCUCGUUGGCCGAAGAGGCAGAAAACAGCAAAUGGUGCGCAGGUAUCAUCCAGAGAACAGGCCUGGAUUAUUCUCCAGUGGAGUCUGAAUCUUCUUCGCUGCCUUCUAGACACCGUUUCAGGCUUGAAGUUAAUGUCUCUCCUACAGAACAUGAAUCUGCUUACCUUUGAGAUGAUAUCUCCAAGGAAGAAUCUUCAGAUUUUGAAAGACUUGGAACGUGAUGACCUGGGUGGUAACGACGAGGAGCCUGCUGGUGCUAAUACUAGUACUACAAGGGCUUCAGAAGCAGAAGGUGAAGCUAAGUCCUCAAAGAAUGAUCCACGCUACGCUGCAGCUGCUUUUGGCGCUGAUGAAUUUAUGAAUAAUCCCUCUUUACAUGAUUGCCAACUCUUGCAGCCUUGAUAUAUCACUCUUUCUUUUAGUCAUGGAAGAGGUGCAUUUCCGGGUUUAAUUUUGUAAUUCUGGACUUGAAGAUAUUUUUAUUUUGGACCCUUAUCAUGAAAUGGUCUUGAACUAGCUAGUAUUUAAGACAACAUGCUUUCUUAUUUUCAGAGAUAUAGGUGUUACAGAUAUUAAUAAGGAUAUUAUGGAGUUAAUGCAUGCUGAACAUAGAAGAGAUCAUGCUUCACUAUAAUUAAUUUUAGAGUUUUUUUUUUUUUUUGGGGGUUUGGUUGGACAAGUCAGUGUUUCAAGUUGUAGGGUUACUUAAUUGAUUUAGCUUCGAUUAUAUGUAUUAUGACUAGCAAAUAUGUUCUUUGCUAA